UUAAAAAUUUAACUGUUGAAGAUAUUUUUUUAUUUAUUCAUAUUUCACAGGUUCUUACAAAUGUAUGGGUACCACCGCCAAAUUAUAGUUUUCCGAUAACUGAUAAAAACAAAAACCGUGGUCUAAGAUUUCAAUACAAAUGGCUGACUGAAUUUGAAUGUCUAACAUAUUCCGAGUUGAAAAUGGGUGCUUUUUGUAAAUUUUGUACUGUUUUUGCAAAGUCUGGUGGUGUAAAUAAUCAGCCGUUAGGUCAACUUGCUGUUAGGGCCUUAGAUGAAUGGAAAAAUGCCAAGCAGAUUUUUCGUGAACAUUCUAAAAAGCUUUAUCAUGGACAUUGUGUCGUGGACUCUAACCAUUUUCUUAGUGUUUAUUCUAAACAAAAAUUAUCAAUCAUUAAUCAGUUAGAUUUAGAAAGAGCUGAACAAAUCAAAUCAAAUAGAAAAAAGCUUAUCCCCAUUAUUAAUUGUGUGAUCUUGUGUGAUCGUCAAGAAAUAGCUUUGCGGGGUCACAGGGAUUCUGGAAACAGCAACAACCAAUCAACUAAUGUAGGUUAUUUUAGAGCUAUACUUAACUAUCGGAGUGAAGGUGAUGAUUAUUUAAAACAUCAUUUAGAAGAACAAGGAAGAAAUAAAUACAUCACACCUCAAAUUCAAAAUGAAAUAAUUUCAGCAUGUGGAGAAAUAAUUUUAAAAGAAAUAGUAAAUGAAGUAAAUAACUCUCGUUGUUUUACCGUGUUAGCUGAUGAAACCACUGACAUAGCAGUUAUCGAACAGUUAGCAUUAUGUGUGAGAUAUGUUGAUUCAAAAUAUAAUAUUAAAGAAAAUUUUCUAACAUUUAUACCUGUAAAUAGCCUAACUGGGAAAAAUCUAGCUGAAUCUAUUUUAAGUGGAUUAACUGAAUGUGGAAUAAACUGUAAUUUCCUUUAUGGCCAAGGAUAUGAUGGUGCUAAAAACAUGUCAGGCCAGUUCAAUGGUGCUCAAACACAUAUUAGAACUACUUUUCCUAAAGCGAUAUAUGUACAUUGUGCAGUCCACUUAUUGAACUUGGCUGUAUCAACUGCGUGUAACAUACAACCCAUUAGAAACUGUUUGGGCAUUAUAGAGAAAUUAUAUAUUUUCUUCAAUACACCUAAACGUCAUAAUGUAUUAUUAUCUUGUAUUGAAAAUAGCAAUAUUGAUAUAAAAAUAAAAAGCCUUAAAAGACUAUGUGCUACAAGAUGGGUACAGCGUUAUGAUGCUGUAUAUGAUUUUGUGGAAUUAUUUGAUUUUGUAUUAGAAGCCUUAGAAUUAAUUUCAGAUUGGAAAGAUUCAUCAGGAACUGCUAUAGAAGCCAAUAUGCACGCGAUUUGCAACUUGCUCGUUACACACGUUAUCGUACGAUCUUUUUAAUUAUGAUCCCGUUAUUAUUUUGUAUUCGAAUACGACAAGUUUACUACGUAAAAAUUCAAAAUCACCUAGCUUAUAAUAAUAAAUAACUUAUAAAAGUGCAACUGCGCUCAACGCGCGUUCUUUUCGAAAUGUAAAAAAUGUUUGUCCGUUUAAAACCAACUAAUCACCGUUUAUACAACAACAACAUUAUUCGUCGCGCUAUCACUGCAACGUGCGUGACGACCUUUACUCUUAAGCAGGGGCGUCAUUUGGGGGAUUCAAACUAUACAUUGGCAGCUCUAUUUUUUUAAAUGUUUGGUUGGCCCGUAUAAAAUGUUAUAAUUGCGCCGUCAUCGAUAAAAUGUAAGAUGCAAACGCGCUGUAAUGGUGCGAGUUUUUCAUAAGAACCUAUUGUCCUAUUGGAGUAUUGAAGAAUUUUUUUAAGUUCCGCUAAAUAAACAGGAUAUAUAAAUGGCCUGGUGAAGGGAACAAUUGGCCUGAUUCAAAUGUUUGCAUCCCUAUUGAAAAGUUGAAAUGACGCCCCUGCCCUCAAGAUAAUAUCGCGGCAUCCUAAUAUAUCACCGAAACAAAAAAAUAAAAAUAAUAAUAAUACACUAUCUACCCAUUUAAAAACAACUAAUGAUCUGGUAGAUAUUAUCGAAAAUAUGGACGACGAUUCGAAUAAUUGGAACGAAGUCAAAUCAUCAAAGGAUGGUAAACGAAAUCAUAGCUCUUCUGAACUAAAUACUCCGCGAACACCGGUGAAGAAAAAUAGUUUUUUUUUCUGCAAAUUGUUACGAAGUAUUAUCACAAAACGAUCAUGAGAAUAUGCUCCCAACGAUUGAUACAACUAAUACUAAUAUUAAAACCUAAACGUUAAUCCCUAAACGUUGAACCUAAGUUUGCUCUACUCCCAUGAAUAUUCUUAAGACUACUACACGUUACAUUUACUGAUCUGUGCACAAAACUCAUUGAGAUUAUUGGUGUCGACAAUUUCCAAUUAUGACAACCAAUUCAGAUUCAUACAGAACUCUGAUCCGUUUCUUAAGAGAAGAAAAAGCUGAAUUUCAUACCUACCAGCUCAAAGAAGACAAACCAACUCGAUUGUCAUUCGCAAUCUUCACUCAACUACUCCGCCGGAGUUAGUCAAAUCUAAGCUCGAACAACGUCUUUUUGAAGUCAGGCAGUUCUCAGGCGUCUAACACAAAGUAAAUAAAAAUCCAUUACCUCUGUUCUUUGUGGACCUCUAACCAACCAGCCAAUCCAACGACAUCUUCCAACUUACGUCCCUUUUCCACACAAAAAUUAAGGUGGAGGAACUUUAUAAGACUAAAACUUUUAGUCUAUAGCAUAUAUGCACUAUGUGCCAAUUAUAUGGACACACCAAAUCGUACUGUGGCUAUCCAGCUCGUUGUGUUCGCUGCGGUGGUCAUCAUUUAUCAGCAGACUGUCCGAACAUCCGUGAUUCCCCACUUAAGUGCGCUCUCUGCUCUGGCGAUCACCCAUCAAAUUACAAAGGAUGCUCAACGAAAAAAAACAUCCAAAAUCAAGUCAUCACUUAUCUAAUAAUUUAGCUCUAAAAAUACUUAUGUACAAGAUACCCACACAGUGAAAGCCUUCACAACACACCCUUUAGAAUCGAUUCCCACCUACACCCAAGCUACUUCCAAUUCUCAUUCCAAUCAUACGGUACCUUCACCUACUUUAGACAUAAACAAAAUAAUGUCAACCUUCAUUGAUGAGUUUAAACAAUUAUUUAAAUCCUUAAUCGCCCUACUAACCAAAGUAAUUUUAAAACUUCUAGAUUAAAAAUAUGUCUUCUUCCACAAGCAACUCACUUCUGAGGCUCCAAUUUGAUGCUAACUGCCUCAAAAAUCACCAAAAUGAAUUACAGGUAGUACUAUAGGAAAAACGUAUCGAUAUAUUGCUCUAAUAUCAGAAACGCACUUCACUAAAUAUUCCCAUGUUCCCAUAACUGGGUAUAAUCUUUUAAAAACUAACCACCCGGAUAAUAUUGCGCAUGGAGGUGCUUCAAUUUAUGUCAAAGUCUCCCUGGGCAUUUUAUACAUUGCCGGACCUAACCUGGACAGUAUAUAAAAUUCCCUUCGUACAUUGGGCAAUAUAGAAAACAGAUGAUAUGAGUUAAUGAAAUAUGAUAAAUCGUAAAACAUACUUAAAAUAAAUAAUAAGUAAUUUAAGAACUGAAGAAGACCUCGAAGAAGCUCUGAAUUCUAUUUCUACUGUAUCGAAAUGUAAUAACGACAUCGAUAACAAAGAAGCUGUACCUUUAAGAAUAAAAGCUAUUCGUAAAAAUAGAAUAGAAUCACUUAAAAAUUUGAAAGUUCAAGCUAUAAAAAUGAAGCAAGCUUCUGAGAAUCGUUUUUGUCCCGGCGAAGUUGGUCAGUCAGUAACGGUUAAAAUUCCAGACGUUGAUAGGGCUCGUAGUGAUUUUAAAAACAUUAUUGGAGUUAUUCUUUCAGUUAACAAUAAUGUGUACGAAAUUGGGUCCAAGGAAGGCCGCCUUUCGACUCUGUACAGUAGAAACCAAUUUGUAAUUUGUAAAGAAAUAUUUCUACAAUAGAAGUUGAUGAUGUGCCGCACACCAAAAUUUUACUCUGAGAGGCAGCACGGAAAUCUUCAAAUUUGGGUGGUCAAGACUACGAUUGAUGUACAUAUGUACAAAAAUGUAAAACACGGAAGUGCAAGUGUAAAACAGCGGAGUGGCUAUGUUCACAAAAUGUCACGGAAGCAGUACA